AUGCAACUGAACCAUGUAAUGUCAAGAGUUUGUAAGGAUUGGAGCUAUACCUCUAAUCAUGCUUCUGAUCCCGAUGGUAGAAUUGUUUUGAUCUGGAAAUCCCCUGCAACGGUCUCUGUUCUUCAUCAGUCAAGCCAGUCUCUCACUUGUGAAGUCACAGUCGCAGGUACCUUCAAGUUCAUCCAUACCGCGACCUAUGCAGCUAAUCUAGCGGCGGAUCGAACUGAUCUUUGGGUUGACUUAAUCAUAACUCAACAACUACUUCAACUCGACACUCUUCCAUGGGUUGUUGGUGGGGAUUUUAAUCAGAUCAUCCAUCAUGCUGAGCACUCUAGCCCUUUGGUGAACCACAUUGAUCCACCAAUGUCUGAUUUUAGAAACACUCUCUCCCAACUCGGACUCUUUGACCUGCGAUACCUUGGUCCUCUCUUCACAUGGUCAAACAAAUGCCCCUCAUACCCUACUGCUAAAAAACUCGACCGCUACCUUGUUAACCAACCCUGGAUUGCCUCCCACCCCUACAGCCUAGCUAGUUUCCUUGCCCCUGAAAUCUCAGACCACAGUCCUGCCGUCCUUGAUCUAGAUGUCGCCCUCCCUAGAGCCAGGACUAAACCAUUCAAGUUCUAUAACUUCCUAACCAAACACCCAAACUUUUGCCAGUUCGUGGGGUCGGAAUGGAAUCAGCUCGGAGGAACAGGAUUGGAUCUUUCUCAUCUUGGCUGGAAACUAAAACAGAUAAAAAGUUAA